AUGUCCGUUCGUAGUGGGCGCCAAACUAACGUAUGGAGUGAUAACUGGUGCACGUUAAGUCCGAUCAGAGCCUUUAUAACUCCUAGAGCUAUUGCGAAUGCGGGUUUUUCUCUGGAUACGAAGGUGGCUGAUGUUAUCGCAGAUGAUGGCCAUUGGCUGUGGCCGCAAGCGUGGUAUGAUUUAUUUCCGGUUCUUAUUAACAUUAGCCCGGUCCAGAUUACUCCUGAUGUGAAUGACCGUCUUUGCUGGAAAGAUUUGGAGGGUAACCUUCAAGGAUUUAGUUCGUGGGAAGUGUGGAAUUGCUUACGAAAUCGAUGUCAAAGGAUAACUUGGGCCUCUUCAGUUUGGUUCAGUCAAUGUAUCCCCCGUCACUCUUUUCACUUGUGGUUGGUUGUAAAGAAUAAGUUGAAAACUCAAGACAGGAUGGCCGUUUGGGAAGCGGGUAGUGAAACUAAUCUACGGCUUAUGUGUUGCCCGCUUUGCAAUUAUGAUCGUGAUUCAAGAAACCACCUUUUCUUUCAAUGUGUAUAUGCUUCAGAAGUUUGGAGAAAAGUCAAAAGCUUGGUUGAUAUGGACGAUGUUACGGACUCAUGGGAUUCUAUCAUACAAUGGAUGGAUCUUAAUGCUCAUUCUAGAACUGCGGAGAGUAUUAUUUGCAGGAUUGUGGUUGCGGCCUCAACUUACUUUGUUUGGCAGGAAAGGAACAGCAGAUUAUUCAAUCAGAAUCGGCGAAGUGCAUCUGUGCUUGCAAAGGUUAUCAUAGACACUGUUCGGCUCAAAAUAAUGGGGUUCCGAUUUGGUAGAUGUCCGAAGCAGCAGAAGAUCUUGGACAGGUGGCUGAUCUCGAAGAAGAACAUAGAUAUUGAUCCCGGCUAA